CGUUUCAUGAUGAGACAAAGCAACAGAUCAUGUGUUUGUUUUUUUUCUGCUUUUGACUGACUUUGUUGGAGAAGUUUCGCACACUUUAAUCUUUUCUCUCUGUAGCUGGAAAGCAAAGGAGCAACCGUGGCAUUAAACUUCCUGUCUUGGUGAAUGGUGAGGAGCUGUGAACCAAUGGGAGAGCAGUGGUGAGGAUGCAACUGUGAUCCAGGAAAAAACAGCCCAUUGUUCCUGGGACGUCAGAGAAGUGUGACCUGCUUCUGGCCGGCUCCGUCUGCUUAGCCCAACGGCGCACUGACAGGUCACGAUGAGUGGGGGGGUCAACGUGAAGUCAGUUCCCCGUGGGCCUCCCUCAUCAGGAAUACCCCUCCCUCGCAGUCUUCUGCCUUCCUCUCCUAAAACAGAACCAGGCCGCCGGGCGAGUGACCUGCCCAGGCCCUCGAAACAGACCCCUAAGCACACGCCAGCGAACACACCUGCACACUCCCCGUCACUUUGUCCAAGAAACUCCAGUAUCCCUGGGCCUUCCUCCACAGAUGCCCUGAGAGAUGCCUGCCUUAAAAGUCAGCUCUUCCAGCGAACCGGAGCUCUUCCAAUUCCCCAGGUGUCAAGAUCUGCCUACAGCAGCCCGCUGACCCAGCGCCGAGUACAUCCGCCACACUCCAAAGACACGCUAGACCUGGGAAAAUCGCAAAUCCUCUCCCAAUUACCCCAGGAUGGCAAUCGCAACAGAAGCACCUUUGCAAAUAAGAAUCAAGCGUAUGGAGCCGGCAACCUACGUCCACCGCUCAGUUUUAGCAGAGGAGACAAUUCAAACAUUGUAACCCAAGCAACGGCUGAUGCGAUACCAGGAAGGAAGGAAGAGCCUCCAAAAAACCAUCCAGCCAAAUCCGUCACACUCAGCAACUGUAACAUUCGGCCCACUCUUCUUUACUCAAACCAUCACACCAUCAGAGAUCAUAGUGACUCUGGCAGCCAAUCAGAUGAGGAAAUGGGAACUCCUGAGGAUAGCAGUCCAGUUUCCUCUCCUCUUCCCUUACCGCUGCCAGCUAUCACAUUUACCAUGCCAGUAACACCCAAGCAGGUUGUUGAUCAGGAGGCAACAUCUGAAGAGACACACAUACCCAGAGUCAACAUGGCUGCUGUGGCUCCCUUCAGUCACAGGCUGCAGGCACAAGUGAGUGAAUUUUCUGUGGAUGAACUGAGUGACUGCUCAUCUGGAUCCAUAGAAGUCUGCUGUGAUGACCUGACACCAGGAGGGAUGCUGGAGGCUAAUGUGGCUAACAUUAGCAUGACGGCUAAGCCCAGAGAGCUGGACCUCAGGUCUGCUGCUGUCCCCUGCCAGGAUACUUCAUCCCAGGCCAUGGCAUCAAGGAAACCACCCGCCAAGCCCUCUGCUCUGCCCCAGGGGCCUGUGCGUCCCUCUGGGUCAGAGCUCAAGGUCUACCGGCCCACCUCCGGAUCUAUCCCCAUUCCAAUCCCCAGUCAGUCCGGGCUUCGCAAACAGCGUUCACUCAGCAACUUGUCUGUGCUCACCGAUGCUGAGAAGAAGCUGCACCUGUACCAGUCUACCAGGUGGAAUGAUGACACAAGCCGUCCUGGCGCUGUGACCAACAAAGCGGGGCAGAGUAAGGCAGGUCAAGCUGGUGGUGGGAGACCACCACUGUCCCGGACACUUUCAAAGUCAGAACAGUCUCUCUUUCAGGGGAAGCCAAAGUCUUUCUGCUCCCCUUCUGUGACUUCUAAUAUAGGCAAGCCAAGUCGAAUCCCUGCACCUGGCAAACCACGGGGACCUUAUGCUGAGGUCAAGCCAAUUAGCAAGGCCUCUGAGACAGCCCAGAAUGCAGAUACAGACCCAACCAAAGCAAACUCCAAUGGAGCUGGGACUACUGGAACUAAUGGCAAGAAACUAGGGGAGAAAUCCAAACCUGCGGCUCUGUCAGCGGAGGAAAAGAAAGAGAGGAAGGGGAUGGAGGGUGAGGACGAUAAGAGCUUUUUAAAGGUGGAUCCAGAGUUAGUGGUUACAGUCUUGGGAGACCUGGAACAACUGCUGUUCAGCCAAAUGCUGGACCCAGAGUCCCAGAGGAAAAGGACGGUGCAGAAUGUUCUGGACCUUCGACAGAACCUGGAGGAAACCAUGACCAGCCUGAGAGGGGUGCAGCUCAGCCACAGCUGUGCAGAGGGGACUAUGUGCUACGACAGCGAUGAAGCCGCUGCCUUCUCAGUUUCCAGUCUGUCAAAUCGUUCCUCUCCGCUGUCAUGGCGUCAGGGUCAAGCUAGCCCUCGUCUCCAAGCUGGUGAUGCUCCGUCCACGGGUAACGCCCACUCAGAAGUGCCCCUCAGGAUCAGCCACGCAUCUCGUAUCCACCUUAUCGAAUCCCUGGACGACUCCAACCCGACCCUCCUGAAGGGAGAUUACCUCAGCGACAGUGACCUCGGCGGGAAGAGCCCAAAUGAAGAUGAUGACGAAGAUGAUGAUGAUAUUGAUGAUCUGGGCAAUGGUUGGGAUGAGAGCAGCUCCAUCAGCAGUGGACUGAGUGACGGUUCAGACAACCUGAGCUCCGAAGAGUUCAACACAAGUCCCACUCUCAACUCUCUUCCUACCACUCCCAUUGGCUCCCGCAGAAACUCAAGCAUUGUGAUGCGUACGGAUGCAGAGAAGAGAUCUCUAGUGGAGAGCGGUCUGUCCUGGGACUCCGAUGAUAACAAACCCAGCCGCAAGAGCCAGGGCAGCAGCAUCUACGAUACAGGAAGCCUCAAGUCCGAAUCCGCUAAUAAAUGGAAGAAAACCCGGCCGCAAGGGGAGGGGCCGGAAGGUGGGAAGGGUGAGCUGAGAAAACCUCAAACCCUGGGUCAAGGAAAUGUGUUGAAGAAAGGAAGAAACCCACCUGUGGGAGUCACUUCCCCAAUCACACACACCUCUCAAACUGGGCUGAAAGUGGCAGGUACCGUGAAGUCUGAUGGGAAGCCCAUGGAUAAGUCCCGUUUAGCAGUGAAGACUUCAAGUCUUCAGCGCUCCUCCUCUGAUGCUGGUAAAGACCAUCGAAAUGGCACCGGAGCUGCUGAGCAGCGUAAACCUCCAUCCGGCCUGGUCAGGCCCUCCACUGGUGGAAACUUUGGCUUCAAGAAACCAGCAGCAGCUACCAGUAAUAGCACAAACAACUCAAGUCCGCCCAGUGUAACAAGUGCAGUUAGCAGCGGCAUACCCAGCGGUUCUGCAACUGUAGGGAAAAUUCCCAAAACGUCAGGUAUCCCUGUGAAGCCAGGUGCUGGUGGUGGAGGACGAAAGACAAGUCUCGAUGUUUCGAGCAGCGAUCAGAGUGGUUUCCUGUCUCCAAAUGCCAGAACGUCUCUGCAGUACCGCUCUCUGCCCCGCCCCGCAAAAACGAGCACCCUGACUUUAACACGGCCGAGCUCAGCUCGCCCGGUGAGCACCACCAUGGACACCGGCUCUGGACUCAUCAAACCCUCCGUCGCAGCAUCACAGGGCUCAAGGCUCAAAGAGCCGGGCUCUGGACACGGUUCUGGAACAGGACUGAGUAAACCAGGAGGACGUGGCAUCCCCAGUCCUGUCAAUCAAACAGACAGAGAGAAGGAGAAGGAGAGAGCCAAAGCUAAAGCUGUGGUUUCUGACUCUGAGUGUGGGGGAGGGUCAAUGAAGGGAAGUCCUGCUCAGACCCCAUCAGAGAACGGAGGGAAAGUACAAGGGCUGAGGCCCCCCAGCAGCGGCAAGGGCAUGGAUCUCCCAUCUCCCAGCACACACAGGUUGUCUGGAGUGCGUAGCCUGGCAAAGCCUCCAUCGAUGGCUCAGCUUGACAAGCUGAACUCAAACAGCCUGGACACUGAGGUUCAGGACACUUUGCCUCCUAAGAUUCCUCCUUACUCUAAGCUUCAAGACCUCUCUGGUUCAGCAGGCAACUCCACUAGUUCUUGCCUGACCCCCAGCCCUGCCCCUGUACUAAAUGUGAACUCUUCAGCCUGCUUUUCCAGUUCUGGCAUAGGUUUGGGUCCCAGGCAGGUCACUUCCCUCGGGGUAGAAAGCAAUGAAGGGAGAACCUCUCCCCUGCUCUACCCUCGGAUGUCUGGGCUGCAUCGUAGCUUGGAGUCUCUGCCACUUCAGAUGAGCCUGGCCCCAGAGCCCCAGGAGAGAGAGGAGUAUAAAGGGGGGGAGAAUUUGACGAGAGGCUACACCACCUUAGAGUCCCGAGUCAAAGAUAGACACGAUGACAGCGGCCAGCCCUCUAGCUGGACACCCGGAAGUAAAGUCUCACUGACUCCCACAGACAGCUCUCAGAGAGACAGAAACACGCUGCCAAAGAAAGGUUUAAGUUUCAGCAGUGCCUCCCAGAUCGAGGAGGAUGGGAAGGAGAAAGGAGAGAGGAGGCACUCUCAUACUAUUCUCAGUAUGACCGACUCGCUCGCUCUUCCACUGCUGUCGUCGCCCACCUCCCUGCCCCGAACCUCAAAGACCAGCAUGGUGCCGAGCCCGGUGGGCGGCCCGCCGAGGAUGACUCGAUCCAACAGCAUCCCGACACACGAUGCCUCCAUGGAGCUGUACGGGGCAUCGCCUCUGGGCAGCACGGUGUCACUGGCUGAACGUCCCCGCAGCAUGGGAAUGGUUCGCUCCGGAUCCUUCAGGGACAGGGAGUCGAAUGAAGAUGUUCAUGGCUCUGUACUCUCCUUGGCCUCCAACUCAUCAAGCUACUCUUCGGUGAGUUUGGGCAGCAUGCAGACUCAGGCUGAGGAAAGGAUCCAGGGAGAGCAAAUCCGCAAGCUGAGAAGAGAGCUGGAGUCAUCGCAGGAGAAGGUUUCUAACUUAACGACACAGCUCACGUCAAACGCAAACCUGGUGGCCGCCUUUGAGCAAAGUUUGGCACUGAUGACAGCGCGGCUGCAGAGCCUGUCGCUAAGCCACGAACAGAAGGACUCUGAGCUGAUGGAGCUCCGGGAGACCAUUGAUGCUCUGAAGACCAGGAAUGAAGAAGCCCAGGCUGUCAUACACGGAGCCUUAAACAACCCAGAUAACAGCAAAGAUCUGUGUAUCAGACGUCAGAACUCCUGUGAGAGCAUCUCCAGUCUGAACAGUUUGACCAGCAUGUCCAGCGUGGGCAGCUUGAAGGACCAAGAUGCUAAGAAGAAGAAGAAAAAGAGCUGGGUAGGAGCUGUUUGCGAGGCUUUAUGUUAUUCUCACUGCAUGGUCUGUGUCUGUUCUCCUUAAUGAAAAUGACAAAGCAGCGUGGAUGAAGUAUGACCAGUCUUUCCCUCCUUUGUGUUGUGCUAUUCUGCUCUUUUAGGUCUUCGAGGUGAGUUCAGUCACUGUGUUUCUAUAAAACCUCUAAUUUCCUGUCAUACAGCAUGAUGGACCAUCUAAAAGUGCAACACAGUCCUCGAGUACCCUCCAUCUCUGCUGAUUGGCUGCCUCAUGUGACCAUUUAAUUUGAAUAGAUGGCCGUAAUUCGGUUAGAGCGGCUAGCAGCAGAAAUGAUGUUCCGUAAGAAGCGAAGCGCUCAGGCUUAAUCGAGUUUAUUUAACGCAUCUUUCAGUUAUGUUUCUCCCCUGCUACCUCAUACUUUAUCCUGUAUUUUGUCCCUGUGUAAGAGAAUACAUGACUUUUUCUUUUACCAUGUAACCCUCACUAAACCAGCUGCUAAAUCUAAGUGCAGAAAACGGAUUGGAGCUUGGACUCAGUGCAGAAAACGACUGAAAGUUCAAAGCGGUAGUUUGUCAUUUUGGGGAAGGCUCUUUGUUUUUGAUUAACACCAGCUGCUUGGUUUAAAACAAAGGUACAAAUAUUCUGCUCUGUGAGAUUUACAAAUGCACAUGAUGAUAUCUCGUUUAUUCAUUCUAUAUAAAAUGAAACUAUACUUGACAGAUUGGGGGGUUUUGGCUUUUAUCUGCAGUGAAAAAUGACAAACUAUUCCUUUAUUUUUUAUACUCUUUGUACUUAGCAUGUGUCACAUUAACGGUUCUAACUAUUCCCUCUUUUUUUUCUUUCCAGUUAUGAAUGCAGUCAUGUGAAGUCAUCGUUUGACUGUUUUAUAUCAGUUUAUCUCUUCU